AUGUCGGAUGUGUCGAACUCCUUCUCAGCUUGGGAGACCCUGCCGGAGGACGAACCUCCGCUGUGCAUCGCAGUUCGACGCCCAGUGUCACCUCCACGCCACUAUGAGGCGAGGAAGAAAGUUUGGAAAACUGAACGAAUACCUAUAGUUGGGUCAAAACGACAUGAAGCACGGACCAUUACGCAAGUGACCGCGCUCGGAAGCGGUGCGGUCGAGACAGCGGUUGGAAUCGAGGUGGGACCAUGGCGAACUGCAGAGGUAGACAGCAGCUUCGCCGUGUGGCUUAGAAAUCGAAGGAUAAAUGUAAAAGGUCGUACAGCAGCAAGCCAGGAGGAUACCACGGUACUUCGUGACGUUAUUCUGGCUGGAUUGUUCAUAAUCUUCUACUAUUACUGUCUCACGAGCUUCAUACUCCCUGCUUACUUCAAUUACACAGUGCCCACAAAAAACGCACAGGCGCAGGAACCAACCGUUAUGUAUCGCUCGGACAACGAGGAAGCUAUUCGGACGAAAAAAUCAAGUGCAUCUGCAUCUGCGGACCAGGUCGGAGUGAAUAUGAUGACAAAACAAAGAACUGAUUGA